AUGUCGGAAGCUGUAGAAAAAAUCCGAUCACACGAUAAAUACCGUCAAUUCUAUGAGCUUGCCACUAAAAUCCGCAAUCAAAAAUUGCUCGCCGAUGCCGAGUCUGCUUCACUCCAUCGCCACAAACAAGAAGUUGCGGACCUCGAAGUCAAAUUGCUAACUGAAGCGUGGAGGAGCUCUUAUUGGACGAACGUUUCUCGCCAGCUCAAGAGUCAGUCUUUAGACCCUAGUUAUGCUUGCCGCUUGCUCAAAGAAAUUAGUGACACCGAGGCUCUGGCUGCCUAUAAGCACUUCGGACAUCAUUAUUCAACAUUGAACCAAUUGCUCACAGUUCUCUACAUGGAACCAACAUCAGUGGCUGAGUUGUUGAACAUGUGGGACCAGAAUGAUGUCACUACUAAUGACAAUUUGAUCCAAACGUUCUUUCACCUGGUUUACUCUUGCGGGCUCUAUCCUGACGAUGAACUCAAAAUUGCUCAGGUUGUUUGCUACCUUCUGAAACUCCAGUUGGUCAAGUCAGGGUCUCAGAUGAGAACUAUGCUGAGAAAGGAAACAUCAAUUUCGACUAGAUUUUACAAAUACUUUGUGGAGCAAAUGCAUCCGACAAUGGUGUAUCUUACAAAAGCGCUGCGGAAGAGUGUUCUCAAUGUUAUUCAACUUGGAAACUUUUGGCUUGACGUGGAUAUGAAACAGUCAAGUUCCAGAUUCCUAUCCGACGGCCGCCAAAACUCUGAGAGAUUGCCAGAGUACCGAGCGCUGGUCGUUUCCAAGCUGGUCGAUUUUGUGGACAAUUUUUUAGAAAAUAUUUCUCUGGCUCUCUCCAUGCUACCACCAAAUUUGAACUGGAUCGUGAGAGAUAUAUUCUGCUCGCUUUACGAAAUCGUUGACGAUAUGUCCGCUAUUGAGCUCAGUCAUGCAUGCAAGGAUAUGAUCGUCUCAAAUCUUCUCUGUCCUGCGAUUAUCAGCCCUCAAAAAUUUGGAGUUGUUGAUAAUGACGUGCGCAUUGGUUCUAUUGUUAACCACAACCUGGCACAAAUUGCGAUGAUUAUACAAAUGAUUUCAUUAAGAGAGUUUGAAUCACCUCCUGAAGAAUAUCGAGAGUUUUUGAGUCAGUGUAGAAAUACUCAUCUUAUUUCCGAAAUGAUGGAUUCGUUGUUAGUGGAAAACAUGGCCCCCGAUGUGGAGAUCACGUCACUUAUAGCUAGCGGGAAAUCUGAGUCUGACUUGGAAACGAAGUCAAAUUUUGUUGGGUCUCUGGCAGAUGCAAAUAAGUUGAUAAAAAUGAUCCGCGAAACGCCUCCAACUACCGAUUUGAAAAUUUCGCGAAUCGUCUCAGUAUGCCAGAAGAUGCCCGAGUCUUUUGCAUCUACUGUGGAAAAAUUGCAUGUAGAAAAUUCUGAGGACUCACCCAAACUUUCGGCGCUCCGAAAUAUCCAUAGAAAAGUUCAAAAAUCUUUCAAACGCACCGGAGAUUCUUUUUACGAUCCAAACGAGCUGCAUAUGAAAACUGAAAAUUACGGCGGAGUAUUUGAGAAAGAAAACUUUGAUAGAAAAUUACGCGAAGCCAGUGAAGUCGAACGGAGAAAGCAAGAAGCCAGAAAACAAAAACAAUUAAAAGAAACUGAACUUCUUAUUAUGGACAAUAUCUCUAGUGAUUCUGCUCCAAUAACUAUCAAGGCUUCAGCUGCAACCAAUGCCCCAAUUGCCAACAACAACUUUACUGAAAAUAAGGAUCUCAUUGACUUUUCGACGCUUUACACUACUACUGAUGAUGUGAUAAGCAUACCCUCCGAGCCCUCAAAAGAAGAGAAAUCUGUGGAAAAGCCAAAUGUGAAUAAUGUCUCAGUCGACGCUCCAGUGGAGGCUCUACAAAUCGGAGAAUCCAGGGGAGGACUUGCAAAACUAAAAAAUUUCAGUGACCGUAUGAAGAAAGGUAUCACUCAGUCUAACACACUUUCUGACAUACGGGACCAUCUUCGUCGAAGCAGUUCUCUUGCAAAACAACCAAGCGGGAUGGUGAGCAGUGCAAGUGCUCAAAACAUACCAGAUACAGAAAAAGGAGAUUCGAUUCUAGCAAAGUAUGCCUCAAAUUCGUCAAUUAAAAUCGAAAAAUCGACAUUCACAAAGCUGACUGACACUAAGUCAAUGCCAAAAAACACGGAGAUGUCUGAGCCAUACUAUUCUCCAGAAAAUCUUACUUCCUGCAGAGCAUUCAAAGACACUCUCCGUAAAAUGAUCACGGUUCUUGGAAACGUCUCCUAUCUUCCAAAAAUUGGGUGUAGGAGCGAGAUGAAAGAAAUGAGCAAAAAAGUUCGUUUGGACAGUUUUCUGGACGGUGUUCUUGUUGAAACGGAGCACCGCCGAGAAUAUGGACAAGCUGCUCAACUCCGUGAGGUGAAGCGGUGCAUCGAACUGUUCGAGAACGAAGGCGUGGAAAUACUUAUGGAUCAUUUAGUUGGAAACGAGGUGGAACAAGACUUUCUUGUCAGACAAAUGCGAGAAGAAAGAGCUAUUUUGAUGAGAAAAUCUAACGAUAUCUCUUCAAUGGAGCAAAGAGUUUUGCUGAAUCGUCGCCUCACGGAACAAAUUCUGGUUGACAAUUUGAUUCAAACAUUUCUCGAGACUGGAUUCCAAAAUAGCAAGCUAGCCAGCGGUAAAACCCCUGAAGUGGUUGCAGUGGGCAAGUUCUACAGCGAAUUCAAAUUUCUUCAAGCACACGACGAGCGUGCCGAGUUUCUUCAAAACUUGCUCACCUAUCUAAGAGAGCGUUUGAUGCAAAAUUACGAUUGGAACUUUGCUACUGAAUCUAUGAUUGCUAGAGCGAUGACAACGAUGGAGCGUUUUGUAAUGUUCGCUGUCUACGAAAUCGCUUUUUGGCCGAAUAGGGAGAUGGAUCAAAAAAAAGACAAAUUAUUGCAAUCUGUCAUUGGGAAAGCAUCAAGCUCUGUGACUCCCGUCCACGAAGCAUUGAAAAUUCCAGAGCAUCUUCUCGGAGAAGCCCCAUGGCCAUCUGCUCAAGCUGAAUUGUCAAUGCUCGACAAUUACGUAACAGCUCAAGAAAAACUCAACUGUCUUGUCCGUUGUUGUGAUGUCAUCAAUAAUUUGGUGGCAUUGUCAUCAAAAAAUGCAGUAGCAUCUGCGGAUGACUUAACACCAGUUCUAGUUUUUGUCAUUAUCAAGGCAAAUCCCCGUUCCCUUUUGUCAAAUCUUCAGUUUAUCGAAACAUUUGCUGGAGACCAAAUUGAAUCUGGCCGUGAUGCUUACUAUUGGGUUAAUUUCAAGUCGGCUGUCGAGUACAUAAAAACCAUUCUGUGA